AAUAAUAGUUGUAAUAGUUAUCUAUAAUUUACAAAUUGUUUUAAUUAAUUAAAAAUUCUAAAUCAAAACUAUAUAAUGGCAUUUACUCCAGGAUCAGCCGUUUCUCCGUCUGCUGACAUUGAGUUAUCUUUGGCAUGCAGGAGUCUGUCUGGUACAGAUGUUUUGUCAAAAUCUGACCCAAUGUGUGUAACAUAUAUACAACCAUUUGGCCAAAAUAAAUGGAUUGAGUUUCAUCGAACUGAAACUGUUAAAAAUAAUCAGGAUCCAAAUUUUGUUUCUAAAGUAUUGAUAAGCUUUAGAUUUGAAGAAAAACAGCCUCUGUUGUUUGAAAUAUAUGAUACUGAUUCAAAAGAUAAAGAUUUAACAGUACAUGAUUUUCUUGGAACUGUAACAAUUUCUUUAGGACAACUUGUUGCUAAUAAACGUAAUAAGUUACAACUAACAGAUCGUGAUGGUAAUUUGAAAAGUAGUUAUUUAGUUAUAACUGCAGAAGAAUUGGGUAUGGAUAGAGAUGAAGUGAUAUUAGAAAUGAGUGGAUUUAAAUUGGAAAAAAAAGACUUUUUUGGUAAAUCUGAUCCAUUUUUGGAAAUCUAUAAACUUACGGAUACUGGAAAUUAUACAUUAGUUUAUAAAACUGAUGUCAUUAAGGAUACGUUAAAUCCUCGAUGGAAAAAAUUUAAUAUUCCUGUUCGAUCAUUUUGUAAUGGAGAUUAUGAACGGGAUUUAAAAAUUAUUUGUUUUGAUUGGAAUUCAAGUGGUGAUCAUAGUUUAAUUGGUGAAUUUCAUACCACUCUAAAAGGUCUAUCAAAUCCUAAUGCUACUUUUAAAUGCAUUAAUGGGAAAAAAAAAGAAAAAAAAAAGGAUUACAAAGAUUCUGGUGAAAUACGUGUAGAAUACAUAAAAAUACAAUCAACUUAUUCAUUUUUAGAUUAUGUCCAAGGAGGAACAGAGAUGUUUUGUACUGUGGCUAUUGACUUUACUGCUUCAAAUGGUAGUCCAUCAAAUCCAUCAUCUUUACAUUUCAUCAAUAACGCAAGUAUGAAUAGUUAUGAACAAGCAAUAUGGAGUGUUGUAUCUAUAAUUGAAGACUAUGAUUCUGAUAAACAAUUCCCUGUUUUGGGUUUUGGAGCUAAAAUUCCUCCUUCUGGACAAGUGUCACAUGAAUUUUUUGUCAAUAUGAAUCCUCAAAAUCCACAUUGUUUUGGCGUAAGAGGUGUGUUAGAUGCAUAUCGCAGUUGUAUUAAUCAAGUGCAAUUGUAUGGACCUACAAAUUUUGCACCUAUUAUCAAUCAUGUAGCUAAAAUAGCUCAAAAUAACCAAAAUGGAAGUGGUUAUUUUAUUUUACUUAUAUUGACUGAUGGAGUUAUUACUGACAUGCCAGAUACCAUUCAGGCUAUUAUUAAAGCAUCUUCAUUACCAAUUUCUAUUAUUAUUGUGGGUAUCGGUAAUGCAGAAUUUGACGCAAUGGAAGAAUUGGAUGCUGAUAAAGGAGGACUAAAGAUGAACGGAGUUAAAGCAGCAAGGGACAUUGUACAAUUUGUACCAUUUAACAAAUAUCAUAAUCUUGACCUAAGUGUUGCUAAUUUACAUUUAGCAAAAGAUGUAUUGGCCGAAGUACCUAAACAAUUUAUGGACUAUAUGAAAAUAAAUGGCAUUGUGCCUAAAAAAAGAGCAUCUCAAACCACAACACCUGAGAUUGAGAAUUUAAAAAUUCAAUGAAUUAAUUAAAUUUAAGCAGCUUUAAAUCAAUUUUUUUCUUUUCUUUUUAUUGGU